AUAGACAUUGCUUAGCCAAUUAGCUGUUGUUCUGAGUCUUUUCUUCUCAGAUUGCUCAAUGCAGGAAGUUAUUCUGAAACCACAAUACUUCUUCCUCUUUAUAAACAGUUCUAAAAGAAGAACCAUAAGCAUUUUGUUUUUCUGUUUCCAGCGUGUGACACUUUGGGAAAACUGCUAAAUCGAUCAUUGUCUUUGUUGGUAGGUCUGCACCUCUCCAUACUGGUGGAAUGUAUCAUCUUCAUCUGCUGCUAAUGCUGUGCUUGGCAUUCUGGCCACGCUGCCAGCCACUGGAACAAGCAUCGCUGCGGUUUGUUGGGCUGGGGGACUGGGGAGGCAUCCCGUUAUUUCCCUACUACACCCCUCACGAGCAGGCCAUCGCUGCAGAGCUCGCCCGGACGGCAAAGACUCUGGGAUUGGACUUUGUCCUCAGUCUGGGAGAUCAUUUCUACUACAAAGGAGUGGAGGACGUGAAUGAUCACCGCUUCAAGUGUACCUUUGAGGGUGUCUUCUCCCAUUCCUCGCUGGUUGACAUCCCUUGGUACUUGGUGGCAGGGAACCAUGACCACAUUAACAACGUCUCCGCUCAGAUCGCUUACUCGAGCAGAUCGAAGAGAUGGAGGUUCCCGGAGUUGUACUAUGAGCUCCAGUUCAAGGUUCCCCAGAGUAACGUGUCAGUGACCAUCCUGAUGAUUGACACAGUGGUGCUAUGUGGGAAAACCUAUAAGGGGACCCAGCCCAAAGGAAAGGAAGACCUGGGGGCUUCUGCCAAGCAGUUGGACUGGAUCAACUCCAGACUGGCAAACAGCAAGUCAGAGUUCCUUGUGGUGGCUGGUCACUAUCCUGUGUGGUCCAUUGGUCAUCACGGCCCUACAAAGUGUCUUGUGCGUAGACUACGGCCUCUGCUGAAGAAGUAUAAUGUCACAGUCUACCUGAGUGGCCAUGACCACAGCAUACAGUUUAUCAGAGAGGAUGAUGGGAGUUCCUACGUGGUCAGCGGGAGCGGAAACUUUGUAGACCUAUCCACCAAACACGUCAAGACCUUCCCGUCGGCAUGGCAACGGUUCUCCAACGCUGUCAACCUUACGUCCGGAGGAUUCGCUUACUUUGUAGUCACAGAGAACAGUAUGACCAUCAGCUACAUUCAGACUGAUGGGAAAUGUGUUUACCAAACAGCAGUGGCAAAACGCAAGGUCUGACACACACACACACACACACACACACACACACACACACACAGAGAGGCAUCAUCAGAUAGUCAACAAUGAGCUGCUAUAGGUCUAAUAUGCUGUCUGUUUUUAACCUCUUAAACCCUGACAUUGUUGACCAAACAAGGCAUAAUAUUGUAUACUACGUUCAUAAAGUACAUUUCAGUUACAGAACUGUAAGUCCAAUAAACACAUGCGUAGUACUGUUAGAAAGGUAGGAACUGAUAAAGGUGUCAGAAACUGUGACACCAACAGAGCCUGAGGUACAGCCAAAACAACUGAAAUUCAUAUUUGUAUUAAUUUUUUUUUUUUUUUUUUGGGGGGUGUCCCCCAAUUGUCCCCAUGUUGGUACAUAAGAGAUUUUAAAGUUUCAAAUAAAAUACGUCACCAAUUA